CUCUCUUCCUUUUUCACUUUGCCACUUUCACCAAUGAAAGCAAAAGAGAGAACUAGAGAUAUAAAGAGAGAAAAUUUCGCACAAGGGUCAGGAACAGAGGAGAGAGAAGGGUUUUCGCAUCAACCUUUCUCUUACCGUCCCCUCUCCUCCCAUCCUGACCCUUUUUCUCAGGCUUUCUCGAUAGUUUCGUAAAUAUAUCACGUAGGUAGAAAUUUGUAGAAAUAGGUUUCUGGUUAAAGUAAAUUUUCUUGUGAUUGGUUAAUUUGACGAAAGAAGCAGCAAAAUGGACGCCACGAAGCGGGUGGCGUGCGACCGGGGGCUGUUUAACCCGGUUUCGACAAUGGGGAUGCAAGUUGCUUUCAUCUUGGUUCUCUCGCAUUGCUUUCAACUUGUAUUGAAGCCGUUGGGUCAACCCGGACCCAUUGCUCAAAUUCUCUCCGGAUUCGUGCUAGGUCCCUCGGGGUUAUCUCACAUAUCAGCUGUAAAAAAGAUAUUCUUCCAAGAUUUAACCGGCGAUUACUAUGAAACCAUGGCAUUGUUUUCGCGCAUAAUCAUCAUGUUCCUAAUCGGCCUCGAAACUGACAUCCCUUACUUGGUGCGCAACCUGCGCCCCGCAAGCAUACUGGCUUGCGGGGGUUGCGUAACGUGCACGGUCUUCGCGGCAGCAAUCACACCCUUCAUCUACCACCAGACGGGGGCCCACGGCCCCAUGUUCACGAUGGCCCUGACCAUCGCCGUGAUCUUCUCAAACGCCGCCUCCCCCAUCGUGAUCCGCCUGGCAGCCGAGCUGAAGUUCGCCACCACAGAUUUCGGCCGCCUGGUGAUCUCCUCCUCCCUCAUCAGCGACAUGUACUCCGUCGUUCUACUGGUCGUGAGCUCGGAAAGCAAAGCCGAAAAGAAAUUCAUGCACUGGGUCCUGUUCGGAUGCCUCGCUUUCCUCCUGGUGGUCGCGGUCAUAAUCCUCAACAUGUACCUGGCAAACUGGCUAAACAGGCGAAACAGAAACCAGAAGCACCUCAAGAACGCCGAAGCCUUCGGGAUACUGUCCGUUCUCGUCGUGACCGCCAUGACCAUCGAGUCGAUGGGAUUCAACAGCAUCGUGGCCUGUUUUCUGAUCGGGUCGAUGUUCCCGAAAGGCGGGAAGACGGGCCGGACCCUGCUGCCGAAGCUGAAUUACUCUGUCCACAACUUCAUCCUCCCUAUUUACUUGGGGUACAUGGGGUUUCAAGCUGACAUGACUACCAUAAACAGCCUUGCAAGUCUAGGGGUGGUUGCUGUUGUUCUGUUGCUGAGCCUUGGAGGGAAGAUCAGUGGCACCCUUGCUGCUUGCUAUUACCUGAGGAUUCCGAUGAACGAAGGUGUUCUUUUUGCUUUCUUGAUGAAUGUCAAAGGCCAUGUCGAUCUUGUUUCCAUUUCUGUCGGCCUCCAAAGUAACGUGGUUACGAGCACACAAUUCUAUGGAUUAAUGUUGGCAAGUAUAGUGACUAACACCCUGAUAGUGGGCCCAAUCAUAGUCUAUAUUGUUAGAAGAGAAAAUGAAUCACUGGGCUACAGACACGUGGCGCUGGAAUGGCAAGACCCGGAAAUUGAGCUACGAAUGCUGGCCUGCGUCCACAACCCGCGCCAUGUGUCCACCAUUGUUGGGCUCAUUGCAGCCCUGAGAGGGUCCGAAAGAGGCCCAAUAACUCCUUACUUGAUGCACCUGAUAGAGCUGCCUGAUCAGAAGAGCAAGGAUAACAGUCUCAUGUACCACCAGCGGGAAGAUGAUGAGCUGAGUGACGAGGAUAACUACGGCGGCAACGAGGUGGUGGAGAUCAACGAGGCGGUGGACGCCUUCACCGCCGAGACCGGAGUGGUGGUUCACCAGGUAAAAGCGGUGUCGCCAUUCCUGAACAUGCACGACGACGUUUGCGCUCGAGCCGAAGAAACCCGAGCCUCCAUAAUCCUCCUCCACUUCCACAAGCACCAGCGCAUCGACGGCAAGAUGGAACCGGGCAAAGAAGGCAUCCGCACCACCAACCAGAAGGUCCUCCGCCACUCCAAGUGCUCCGUCGCCAUCCUUGUCGACCGCGGCCUCACUAACUCCGUCGCGGCCACCAGGGGCGGAGGAGGGUAUAAGGGCUCGGUUUCUGGGUCAGAGUCGCUGCAGCACGUGGCGACGCUGUUCUUCGGCGGGCCCGACGAUCGGGAGGCCCUCGGGUUUAGCCGGAGGCUCAGCAUGCACCACCAUAUAAACUUGACGAUUAUAAGGUUUUUGGCGGCGGCGGAUAGGGAUAGGAAUGUUGGGCUGAAUGUUGCGCAUAACAAGGAGGAGGACGAUGUUUUGAUGAUGUCGGUUUGUUCUUCGGAUCGGGAGACAGAGAGUGAAGCCGAUACAGCGAUUUUGACGGAGUUCUACAACAGGUAUGUAACGUCGGGUCAGGUGGGAUACGUAGAGAAGUACGUUGAAACAGGAGCAGAAACAGCUUCUGCUUUGAGGGACAUGGCUGAUAUGUACUCGUUGUUCAUAGUCGGGAAAGGCGGGCGAGGGCAUUCGCCUUUAACCACUGGGAUGAGCGAUUGGGAGGAGUGUCCCGAGCUUGGUACGGUGGGAGAUCUCUUGGGUUCCUCGGAUUUCGAUUUAAGCGGUUCGGUUUUGGUCAUUCAACAACAUAGGAUUUCAAGCAGUGACGAUGACGAACGGUAGCAAUCACCUUGGAUUGACCCAACAAUGGUUUCAAGUAAAUGUAUAGUAUCAGCAAUGCAAUUAUGUGGCGUAUCGUAUAACUUGCUCCAUACUCGUAGACUUACGUACCUGACGAAUGAAGAUCACUAUCAAACCGAAAAAUUGCGCGACGACUAUGAGCCGGGAGCAUUCGAUGGAAACCACCUUUAUAGUCCAAUCUGAUGUUCAUGUUAACAAGAAGAAAGCUAGAUAUUGAGAUGAUUUUCGGACUUACGGUACUCCGGGUGUUAAGAGAUUGAAGCGAUGGUUAAUUCAUGAGAUGAUCUUGUAAAGCUAGUGACUCGGUAUUCGAGGAGGGCAAUGUUCCAUUUAUGUGUAGGGAUUUAUUAGGAUGACAAAACCUUGUCGAAGAUUUUUUUUCAAAUUUCUUACCCUCUCUGUCAAUUUUUAUGGAGAUUAGGGAGAAUUGGGAGUGAUUGUAGAGUGAAUAUUGGAAUUGAAAUGAUACUG